UCCUCCUCCUCCUUUUUUCAGGUCUCGGGAUGAGCAACUAUUAACCAAUUCUUAGAAGAGUAAUCAGAACAAACAACAUUGAACACACGAUAAAUAUGCCGCUUUCCGACUCCGUAUCCGGUGGCCUUGAGUCCCAAAGUCCUCUGUUACAAGACACGGUUGAUGGUUCCGUUGACUAUAAGGGCCGUCCUGUUCUUAGAUCAUCCUCUGGCGGCUGGAGAUCCGCUUUUUUCAUUUUCGGUGUGGAGAUUGCGGAGAGAUUCGCUUUCUAUGGGAUAGGGUUGAAUCUGAUAUCCUAUUUGACAGGGCCGCUCGGUCAAUCAACGGCGGAUGCAGCGGCCAACGUCAAUCUAUGGUCGGGUACAGCGUCUUUACUACCGCUUCUGGGGGCCUUACUUGCCGAUUCUUUUCUUGGCCGCUAUCGUACCAUUUUAAUGGCUUCUAUCAUCUACAUAUCCGGACUAGCAAUCUUGACACUAUCAGCCAUGCUUCCUACUCUCGGCUCUCCUGAUUGUAAAAAUACUGAUGGAGUCACGACAUGUUCUUCUCGCCUCCAAGUUAUCUUAUUCUUCUUCUCGCUGUAUAUAGUAGCUGUUGGACAAAGUGGUCACAAGCCAUGUGUUCAGGCUUUUGGAGCAGACCAAUUUGAUGUACAAGACCCAGAAGAGUGCAAAGCAAAAAGCUCAUUCUUUAAUUGGUGGUAUUUUGCUUUAUGUGCUGGCACUACACUCACACUUUUGGUCUCAACCUACAUACAGGACAACCUUAAUUGGGCUCUUGGAUUUGGAAUCCCCUGCAUAUCAAUGGUUAUUGCAUUGGUUAUUUUCGUGCUUGGAACUAGGAAUUAUCGAUUCAGUAUGGAAAGGAAUGAGCAAAGCGCAUUUGUAAGGGUUGGUCGUGUGUUUGUUAUAGCUUUUAAGAACUGGUGCACCACAUCUUUGUCAAUAGCUGUUCAAGAAGAAAUUUAUGAAACCCUGCCUCAGAAAAGUUCCCAGCAAUUCAAGUGCCUCAACAAAGCCUUGCACAGUCCAGAUGGUUCAAGGGAAUACUGGGAGGUAUGCAGCAUCGAAGAAGUUGAAGAAGCUAAGUCUGUACUUAGGCUUAUACCAAUAUGGAUUACAAACUUGGUCUAUGCAAUUGUAUUUGCACAAACAUCAACUUUCUUUACAAAGCAAGGAGUUACCCUUGACAGAUCAAUCACUGCAGGCUUCCAAAUUCCACCUGCUUCACUUCAAUCCUUCAUUGGCUUUGCUAUCGCGAUCUUCAUUCCUGCAUAUGACCAGAUACUGGUUCCUGUAGCGAGAAAGUUCACUCAAAAUCCUGCUGGCAUUACAAUGCUGCAGAGAAUUGGAACUGGGAUGUGUCUAUCUGUCAUAUGCAUGGUGAUUGCAGCUCUGGUCGAGACAAAGAGGCUCGACACUGCUCGAGAACACGGGCUCAUUGACAACGCGAACGCGACAAUCCCAAUGAGUAUAUGGUGGUUGGUACCCCAAUAUGUUAUCUUAGGAAUUUGUGAUGUGUUCACAGUUGUUGGUCUGCAGGAAUUCUUCUAUGAUCAAGUCCCCAGUGAACUGAGGAGUGUAGGAAUGUCCCUGUACCUUAGCAUCUUUGGGGUAGGGAGCUUUCUAAGCAGCUUUCUGAUCUCUGCAAUUGAUAAAGCAAGUGGUAGGGAAGGUAAGGAUAGUUGGUUUUCUAAUAAUCUGAACAGAGGACAUCUUGAUUACUUUUACUGGGUACUAGCUGGUCUUAGUUUUGUAGAAUUUAUUGUCUAUUUGUGUUUUGCAAGAUCUUAUGUUUAUAAGGAAACAACAGAACAUUUAUGUGUAUAA